AUGAUUCAAGCGGCUACCAAUCCAAAGUCCUCCAAAGUGUCUGCGAAGACCGGCACUUGUCAUGAGACUUUUGCAUCCGAGGAAACAGAUCCUGUGAACGCACCGAGUCUUGCAGUCAUGUCGAUGAGCCAGCGUUUGAGCAAGCUGUACCAGGAAGUGACCGUGAAAGGGGAGGACCUGUCACACCUCACACUGGAGGAGCUCUCAGCCGAGAAGAUCAAGUUUGGGGAGAAACAUCAAGGAGCCACCAUGGAACAUGUCUGGCGAACCGACCCCGAAUGGAUCCGGUUCAUGGUGAAUCGAUACGAAACCAGUGUCAAGCCAGAACAUCAACGUCUCAUGAAGUUCGUGGAAUUGAAACUGAAAUAUCACGAGGAGAAUCAGCUCCCAGUGAGAGUUCCCAAGGCCAAGAGCACGGCAGCUCCAAUGACCAGCCGCCGUCAGCCCAAGUGCAAGGCAGCGCCUCGCACUCCAAUCGAGGUGGACGAGGCCGAGAUCUCAGACCUCCAACUCAUCGAGAGCGAUGCCACAUGGGAAAACAUGUCACAUAUCGAGAUGUCCAACCCGGAGACUAUGCCCCUGACGGAUCUGAACCAGCAGCAUGCGGAGGAGUUUCAAGCUCUGCAGACGCGCAUGCUCAAUAUGGAGAAUGCCCUGAGCCGAGUGAUCCGACACUUGGAGGAUCAGGCGAACGACUCCAUCCAGGAGAAUUGA